GUCGGUUUGAUGCGCAGACAGCUGGGAGGCGUCUGCUCAUAAAUUGAAAGCGCUUUGCCUAAUUCGAAUUAGUUUUUCGCCUGCUUUGACAGAGUUCGGUGCGCUAUGAAACUGUUUGUGUGUCUCCUCGUGGUGGUCGCCACAUUGGCAACAGCCCAAGCUGGACUCCUUGGCCUCCUAGGCAAGGGCGGCGGCGGCGGCUACGGCGGUGGCUAUGGCGGCGGCUAUGGCGGUGGCUAUAGCGGCGGCUAUGGAGGCGGCUAUGGCGGUGGCUACGGCGGCGGCUAUGGUGGCAACGGUGGCGUCCAGGUCAUUAAGGUGAUCAACAGUGGAGUUGGCGGCUAUGGCGGCGGCUACGGUGGCGGCUACGGCGGUGGUUACUCUGGCGGCUACGGCGGAGGCCACAUCGUCUACGAUGGCGGCUAUGGCGGUGGCUAUGGCGGCGGCUAUGGCGUUGGUCAUGGCGGUCUGGUCCAGGUCUACAAGGUCAUCACAACCACUGCCGGCGGCUACGGCGGCGGCUAUGGUGGCGGCUAUGGUGGCGGCUACGGUGGUGUCUACAGCGGCGGUUAUGGCGGCGGCUAUGGUGGCUCCUCCGGCUGGUGGAAGAAGAAGUAAACGCCCGACUAUCUGUAGAGUAAGGAGAAUGUAAAAUAAAAACUGAAAAAAAAAAAAAAA